AUGGGUGCUGCUGGAUCAGCCGAUGACAUUAACGCCAUGGAAAUUCACCAUUGGUACACAAAAUUUAUGAAGGAGUGCCCAUCUGGACAACUUUGUCUGCAUGAAUUUAAACAAGUCCUGGAUCUGCAUGGACUUACUCCCGAAGCUAACAGCUAUGUUGAACAAGUAUUUCACACAUUUGACAUGAAUAAGGAUGGAUUUAUAGACUUCUUGGAGUUCAUAGCUGCAAUAAAUUUGGUUAUACGAGGGAAAAUUGACCAAAAAUUGAAAUGGUAUUUUAAGCUAUAUGACGCUGAUGGAAAUGGAUGUAUUGACAAAAAAGAACUAUUAAGCAUAUUCACGGCUAUCCAGGCUAUUAAUGGACACACCAACAUGUCCGCUGAAGAAUUCACGAACAUGAUAUUUCAGAAGAUAGAUGUGAACAAUGAUGGGGAACUGACUUUAGAAGAGUUUAUCAGUGGUGUUGAAAGAGAUGAGGACCUAAUGGAAUUGAUUACAAAAAGUUUUGACCUUUCCAACGUACUCAAAGUCAUACAGAGCGGCAGGCGGCACAGCAUCUGAAGGAUUCAGUGACGGAUGUGACAUCUGUUGUCAUUGUUUCAAGAAAGAUAAUAUUUGAUAUAUUCAGAGAGCUUGAUGUUGUCAAAACCAGCCCAGACAAUAACAAUCACUCAGCUCCAGGAAUAAUUGUCCCUCGGAAUUUUCACUCUUGACUCCACAUCUCUCCUCUUCUUUAUUCUGUCUCUCGCUAAGGACUGUGGCAGCUACAGAACACAAACCUUUGCCCACAUAUAAUAGAAAAGAUGUUUGAUGCAGUAUAAAUAACUUGUUUGGUCUCUAUGAACACUGUUCAGAAUAAUCAAUAAAACAGUGACAAUAUCAUAAAGUGCAACCUUUCUAGAAAACAGAGAACUAAUAAAUUUAUUCUUUUAAGUACAGGUUCUUUAACCUGCUAUCUAAAAUGUGGCAAUAAACAUCUAGGUAGGAUUGGCUCCUAUCAGGACCAAUUAAGAACAAAGCCUGGCUUGUAUUAACUUAACAUUUAAUCUAAUCAGUGCUCAAAAUCAGAGAAGAUUUUCUGGGAAACACCUCAGUCAGCUCAGUAUUCCAGAGAUGUGCAUCCUCUUUAAGAAACCAUCUACCACUCUUGAUUUCAUUACAUUUGUAAAAUAAAAUAACACGAUGUUUUGAUGUUUUUUCACAAGGUUCAGCUACUGUUCUUUCAAAUUAACUUUUAUAGAAGCACUGGGAUGAAAUUUUGUUAUCUUUGUAGAGUAGCAUUAGAAGUUCAAAGAAUGUUUAAAACAAAUAAUUUUGUAAGCACUGGAACGAAUAUCAUCUGGUUUCCCAGAGAUGUGUCCUUUGACUUGUAUGACCUCCUUUGCAAAACAGUUCAUUUUCACUGGGCUCUUUGCCACAGCUUCAUGAGACAAAAGGUAAGAUGUAUGAUGACUAGUUCAUGCUGAUGGGACUGCUGGUGUCUGCCAAACAGACUGCUUAACAGAUGAAUUCUUCCUGCCUUCCCCUGACAGCGAGUACUAUGGUAUUUUUGUCCUGCCCAGACACCUGGGCGAAAGCUUUCAGCAAUUUAGUCUCUUUGAGACUUCUACCUUCUUUCAAACUGGGUUGCAAUCAUCUCUGAAUGUGGUAGCUGUUAGGAGUACAGAGAAGGGAUUCACAGAUGGCAUGAUCACAUAUGUCUCAUUUUUUUAGGAAACCAAGCUAAAAACAACUCAAUCUUACUUUCUAACAAACAAGAUUAAUUCUUUAAGCUGAAAUGUAACUGCAUGAGUUGUCUGAAAAGGGAAAAUCAUAGCUCUCUCCAGUUCUGUUGGGAUGGAUUCUCUUUCAAGUCUGCAACCAGUUCUAUCAAAUCACUACAUUAUGUCAUAAGACUAAGUUCUCCUUGGCUGGCAGUGCCCUGAAGGCAUCACACUAAUACUAGAUGCUGUUAGAAACAUCAUCUUAAUGCAAAAUCAUUUGUGCAUGGGUAGGUGCAGGUUGAAGGAAACACUUAUUAAGACUUAAUAUGAAAAAGUUUUUUUUUUUUUCCUAAGUCACUACAAGUCCAUGUCCAUUUGCACAGAAAUGUGCUCCAUCAUCUGCAAUUAUUACCCCAGGUUCUGGUUUGAUCAAUGGAAUAUACUAAAAGUAUGCAACAAGCAUCACUUGACAUUAUAAACAGUUCUGACAUUAUAGUUCUGACAUUUGAAUCUUUUAUAUCCUUUCCCAAAAAAAGAGAAUGAUGUAUGAGAUUGCUGGCGGGUUCGAACUUUAAGUUCUUGUUUUUAUUCAUCAUUGACACAUUAAUAUCUCACUGUCAGUAUCAGUUUUCUCACACCUAGACUUCAGAAAAUCACUUUUCUUUAUCUACUGUUUUGCAUUUAGAUUCUGUGAGGAUGGUGGUCUUCAGAACUGGCUCUAAAAUAUUUAAAAUACAGUGAUCCAAUCUAAGCAACUUGGGUAUACAGAAACAGCUGUGUUUUGGAUUGUUGCUUUUAAAAUAAUGAAGUUUCUGACUUUGAAACGUGACUACUGUCUACGUAUAUUGGUCUCUCUCUCUCUCUUUCUCUUUCAAUAAAUGGAUAUUAAAAGAGAGUAUUUCCAUUUAAAUUUGCCUAUUUUUUCUGUGCAACUGUAAUUAUAUGACGGGAAUUACC